CAAAAGUUACUGUGGAGUAUAUAUAAGACCUGUGAACCCAAAAGCAAAGACAAAGACCACAGCAGUCACAUCUGAGCAACUGAAAGCAGAACUUGAAGCAACAAGUGAGUGUAGCAGACUCCAUUUUCUGCGUUUAAACAGCCUUUAUUUUUUAUCAGAAAUGUCUGGAUCUGCCAUGUUCGUGGGCCUGUUUUUCCUCCUGUCUGUUUGUUCGGCGUGUUAUAUUUCCAACUGCCCAAUCGGUGGAAAGAGGUCAAUCAUGGAUGCACCCCUUCGCAAGUGCAUGUCCUGUGGCCCUGGGGACCGAGGCCGCUGCUUCGGCCCCAGCAUCUGCUGCGGGGAGGGUCUCGGCUGCCUGAUGGGUUCACCUGAGUCGGCUCACUGCAUAGAGGAGAACUAUCUGCUCACUCCCUGUCAGGCAGGAGGUCGACCCUGUGGUUCAGAGGGAGGACGCUGCGCUGCUUCUGGACUCUGCUGUGAUGCAGAGAGCUGCACUGCAGAUCAGAUGUGCCUCCCUGAGGAUGACGGAGAUGACCAAACCAGCCAGUAUGAAGGUGGUGACCCCGGAGACAUCAUCCUCAGGCUCCUGCAUCUGGCCAGCCACUCUUCUCACCGAUCGCACCAAUGAGCACCUCUGUCCUUGAAGGUUUCUCCGCAAGGACAAAAACAAUGGGACUUGUAGUUCCUGCUGAAUAGUUGUGUUGAAUAGUCCAUGUUUGUCGCCAUUGUUUUCUCUUUCUCUUGGAGUGCUUCGGUAGAGUGCCUUUGUCAAUAUAUUUUAGUAUGAAAACAGGGAUAAAUAUGGACAGAUCAUCCUGAUUCCUGCAUGCUGAAAUAAAGUUU